AUGGCAGAUUGCGAAAUUCGUAGAUCCAUUAAGACCUUCAAGGAAGAUGAAAUUAGAAACGCAAAUAGAUUAUUUGAUGAGAAGUCUGGAACGCUUAGCGGAAAGUUUAAUAAUAAUUCAACCGAAUCAAAAAUUGCGACCAUCAACUGUGAAUAUAAUGUACUCAAGAGAGAUUUCGAAACGAAAAAGAAUGGUUGUGAAAUUCAUGAUGGGUGCGUCAAUUCGUUGCGAAGUACCAAUGAAUGUACAGGCAGCGAAUCCAAGGGCACAGAACAUGCAGACUUUGAAAUGGGCAGCAGACAUGAGGAGUGUCCUAACCGAAGAACAAUUGGAGAGAUGCAAACACGCUUUGGGAAAUUGCUCAGAAUCGGUUCCCUGGGAGGUAAUGCAUGGAAACCCACAACCCCUCAAAAAACGUGCCGUCUUGUACACGCUCACUCUCGCUAUACACAGGAAGGAUCAAGUAUUGAAUGUCAUAAAACCAUGUCUCAAGUGUCAGUAUGUGUUGGAAAAGAUGAAUCUCCAUCGUGUUGCGACAAUACGCUCAUAUUAGUUGAUACAUUUGAAGAUAAAUCUCGUAUUGCAAACUCUAUUACUUUAAGAAUUCUUGAUAGUGACCCAAAAGAACUAAUUUACUAUAUAACAUGUAUUACUGAAUUCGGCUUCGAUCAUAUAAUUAUUAUCGGUGAGACCUAUGGUGGAGUAAUCUGUUAUGGUCGGGUAUUUCUUUGGGAUGACGAAAAUUUAUUGAAGUCACUUAUAAAAAUUCUUAGCGAAACAAGAAGAAUUAUAUAA